AAAUUACCUUCCAAACUACUUUCAUCCAACAGAUCGUUCGACAGGGUAAGGCAGCCAAAGCCUGUCUUGGUGUUUGUGAAUAUAAGAGAACAACCGAGACCUCACCAAAGUUACGAAGGAACAUGGAGGAACCUGCUGGAGAAGAUGAAGUCAAGACUGAAAGAGAUGGAAGGAACAAAUGCUGUAUGAAGGUGGACAGAGAGACAGACAGUGGGUCUCAUCUGUCUGAUGGUGAGGACAAAGGAAGUGACAUCAAACUCCCAGUAACAAACUUCUUGUGUGGUACAAGGACCGACGAGUAUCCAUCUCAUGAUGAAGAGAAGAGAUUUAUGGUCUACAUAUGUGGUGGAUACCAAGACACAGUUGCAGAGAGAAGCGUCCUCAUGGAGAACGUUUAUCCAAGAGUGUACCUGUACUGUAAGCAGAGAGGCUACGACUUCCAGAUGGUUGACCUUCGCUUGGGGGUUGGAUCACCUGUUUCUGAACACCAUGACACUGUAGAGCUACAUGUGGAAAAUCUCCAGCGAUGUCAGAAAACCCUGGGUCCCAACUUUAUUGUGUUUGUAGGACAGAAGUAUGAGGUUCGGAGCCUUCCCUCUACUAUUCCCAGAGAGGCCUUUGAGGCCAUAGUUAGAGUGGUGGAGAGAGACCGAGAGCAGAUGUCCGGGAAGAAACCGGUGAAGGACUUUACCGCCUCAGCCUCUCAGUCCAGCAUCCGAACAGACAGCAGCUCCAGCAGUUUUGUCCGGGAUUCCAUUUAUGGAAAUUAUUUGAAUUUCCGAGAGGCUACAAGCUCAGGACUGCUGAGCCAGAGCUCCCACGACUCAUUUUCAGAAGGAGAGGAGGCCAGACUCAGUCCUGUGGGUGCAAGGAGCUGGGGGGAUUUAAACACAGACCUGAUGUUACUCCAGAUGUGCUACAAGCUGAAUGAGAAUUGCCUUCCUUCUGUCUACCGCUUACUUCCUAUCAGCUCUCACCAUCCAGACAUGCUGAGCAUGGACAAGGAGCGCAGGAGGCAAGCUAGGAAGGACUGGAGUGCUACUUGUCACAGACUGUGGGGAAUUCUACAACGCAGUGCAGCCCAGGCACUUGGCCAAGAGCAGGCUUCACUUUUACUCAGAACAAUUCUUGACUGGGAGGUAGAGACAGGUUUGCAGUCUGCAGAUGGGAGGCCACCAGAGCACCACUGCCACUGCUAUAAAAGACAUAUCCCAGAUCUUCAUAACAACCUAACGGAUAAACAUGCCACUCGGUACACCAGCCUCCUGAAGGGACGAGCUCAACUCGAUCCAGUACUCAAUGCAGCACACCAGCAAUUCAUGGACCGGCUCCAUGAAAAGCUGCGUCACACAAACAUCUAUGAGCGUGAUGUGAGGUGGGGACAGAAAGGCCUGAAUCCCAAACACAAUCGGUCACACCACUUCUACACUGAGCGAAUCUCCUCCCACUUUCAACAGACUGUGAUCAACUCGCUCAACAAAGUAAUGAAGGUCACCAACACUCAAGGCUCUUUUGACACUGUGAGAAGAGAAGCUGUCAGAGUGCAGAUACAAGAGGAGAUACGGCGUCAUGUUAACUAUGGACUCCAUUUGUGGAAGGGCUGUACUAUGAGGCAGACUUUCUUUGCUGAUGUCAAGAAGACCAUGGAGCAGUCACGAACCAGACCCAUCCUCCUGCUGGGGCCACCAGGCUGGGGAAAGAGCGCCACCAUGGCUGCAAUAGCACAGCUAGCACCCUCUUGGCUAGAAGGGUGAGAUGUUAGUCGAGCCGAGGAUCUCAGGGUUGCAUUAAAGUAUUUUGAGCUGUGGUGUCCCACUUACCAGCUUGUACACAAAUAUUAAUAGAAACCCAAAUUCUAAAAUGUACAAAUAUAGAUAAAAUGUUUUCAAGUAUAUUAAAUAAAAGUAAAUUAUUUCAAGUAAAGUGAGAUAAAUUAACCAUCUGGGUAUUAUUGAUAAGACCUCUCAUUGGUUCAGA